AUAUUGAGUUAUUCCUUUUGUUACUCUGAGAUUAUUCCAGAUAAGAGUUAUCCCUGCCUUAUCUAUUAUGAUCGAGCAAAGAGCGCGAAUAACUUUUGACGAGAAUGGGGGAUGGCCAUCGACAUAAGUCGGUGUGGAUGGCUCUUUAUGCGCCUCAAUGGAAGCAAAAGCCAUUAACAUAGAGAGAGAGAGAACAGAUAUGUGAUAAAAUUAGAGGGAACAAAACACUUAUUCAAGUAGCACUUGAGAUUUUCACUGUUCAAUGAAAAUUAUUACUUGAAUACGUUAUGAAUUUUCAUCAAGAUUUUGACCAAUUUCUUCACAUAAAAUCCACCAAAUCUGUUCCAGUUUUAGUUACCAUGGAAACUCGAAAAUAACUUUGUCAACAUUUACUAUCCUAAUUUUCAAAUCCAAAAUUAUCCAUUAAAAAUAAAAAAUGAUAGCAAACAUAUAUUGGGGAUAAAAUAUAUUAGAAAUUGAGAAAGAAAUCAGUAUGUCUGAAGAAAUCACUACUGAAACGAUUAAAAAGACACAAAAAAGUUUGGGAAAAUAUGUGAAGAAACCAUCAUUAACAGAAAAAUUAUUAAGAAAACCUCCCUUUAGGUUUUUACACGAUAUUAUUCACACGGUAGUUAAAGAAACGGGUUAUUUGGUCGGCCUUUUUACAGAAGAGGAACUUUCAUCAGAAAAUGUUAAAGAUAAAGAUUCCAAAAUAAACUUUUUGGAUAAACUUAUCGAUGCAGUUAGAACUACUACACAAACCAAAUUAACUGUACGAUCUAGUAAAAUUGUUGCUGGUCUGGAGCCAACGAAUACAAAUCUAUUAUUACAAGCUAUCGCUAAAGCAAUAGAUAAUAAAAUUGACACCUCUAGUUAUGUAAACCAACUGAAAUCUGCGAAGGAAAAUAAAAAAUCAGAUACAUUAAAGGAAGGAAAAUCUAAAACUGGUUCAAAAGAAAAAAAUGUUAGAAAUAAGGAAACUGAUUCCAAAUCUUCAAAACGUGGUAAAAGUGGUGAUGAGAUUCCAAAACAGAAAAAAACGAUUGAUGAGACUCUGAAGUCAAAAAAAACUGGAAGUGAGAGCUUAAAAAAUAAAAAAGUUUCAAGUUCUCGAGAUUCCUCUAGAAAUAAAGUAUCUUCAAGAACUAAAAUAGGGACAGAAUCACCACAAAAGGUCGUUGAAUCAGAGAAUGUUGCAAUGAAUGAAAUUCUUCAAAAUGGUCAAAAUAACAAAAAAGUCGAUAAUGAAGAACUAACUGAAAGCAAUAUUUAUGAUACGACAAAAGAGGGUGACAUUCUUGUACAAUCUCAACCUCAGGAAAGUUCGAAUGAAAAUGCUGGUGAGAGGAGCACAACUGAAAUUAUUGAAAAUGAUAAAACUUCCCUCAGAACUGAGGAGAAUCUCAAGAAUAUAAGACCAAAGUCAGCAAGACCAAAAAGUGGCGAGAAAAAAUCAAUAUCUGUCAUAAAAACAGAUUCGAUUGAUAAAGAUCAUAACCAAAAUGUUGAUACUAUAGCUGGUAAUAUAAUACGUCCCAAAAGCUCUUUGAGACCUCCAAGCGUUCGACCAUCAAGCUCUAGACCCGGUGCCCCUCGUCUUAGACCAGAAUCAGUUUUACCUCUACAGGAAACAGUUACAAUGGGCAACAUAAAUGUCAUUGUAGAGAAAGUAGAUUUAAUGGAUGAUGAAGAAACUGUUGUUAUAGAAACAACCACAGAGAUGCCCAGGGAAACUUUAAGAAAUCUUGACAUAUCAGGGGACAAUAAGGGGCAGCUGGUUGAGCAAAUAUUAGAGCAAAUUCAAGAGGAAGAGGGCUCAAAGAAGAAAGUUGACAUCGAUUGGGAUGCAGAUGCAUUGCAUAGUGAAGAUUCAGCAUACAAAGAAGUUAAUCAACUUCGGACCUAUAUUCAAAAUCUAACAAAAACUGCCAAUCCCUUAGGAAAACUGUUGAAUUAUCUGCAUGAAGAUAUAGAUGCUAUGCAUGGUGAGUUACAGAUGUGGCUGAAUUCCAAGAAGCAGUUAUCAGAGGAAAUACAGAAACAAAAAAAAAAGAUAAAUGUGGAGGCUAAUAAACCCCUAUUGAUCCAUCUCGACCAGCUUCGACAAGAAAUUAAUAAAGUUAAGCAAGAAAUAAUAACGGCACAGAGCAAUAUUUCAAGGAAUGAUAUAAGAAUUCAAGAAUUGUUAAGUAAAUGAUGCACUUGUUAAUUCAUUUAAGUUAGGCAUAUUAUUGAUGUUUUCUUCAGGUUUUUAUUAGUAAUAGAAGUAGGCCAAAAUACAUUUUUAUAUUAGUCUUUGCAUUUGGGUACUUUUUUGUUAACACAGAGAAAAUAUAUAUUGCAACUAUGAA